GUUUCGCCCUGCGAUGGACUGUAACCCGGAAGUCUCCUCCAUAAUAGGGGGAUAUUGUGUUGGUGAGGCAACCUAGUGUAGUCCUCUGGUGGUUCAGUGCGCACAUACACAGAGCUCAGAGAGGAGGAGGUGCACAAAGCUACAAUCCCGGAGCAUACUUGCUAACUUUUUUGUUAUUAUUUUUUAAUCGACAAAUAAUCCAUUAGCACGAUGGUUAAGGUGUCUUUCAACUCCGCCCUGGGGCAGAAGGAAGCGAAAAAGGACGUCGAGACGCUGAUCCCAGAAGACGAAAAAGACCCGGAGGCGGGGGUGGCAGUGCGCGGGCCAUCGCGGGCAUGGGGCUGGUGCAUGUGUCUGGGCCUCGCCCUCAUGCUCUCUGGCCUGGUGGUAGGCGGAGCUUACCUUUACCGAUACUACAUCAUGGAGGAGGGCAGGGUGUUUGUGUGUGGGGUCAAUUAUCGGGAGGAAGACUUCAUGGUUCCAGAAGAUGAUGAUGAUAUCCGGGUGAACCUGCCAUCCGCGUACCAGAUGCGCCAGCUGCAGGAGAGUGUGCGGGUGCUGGAGAGGGAGCAGGUGGCCCUCAUCAACGUCCCUGUACCAGAGUUUGAGGACACCGAUCCCGCUGACAUCGUCCACGACUUCGAGAGGAGGCUGACUGCCUACCUGGACCUGAACCUCAACAAGUGCUACGUGAUCCCCCUCAACACCUCUGUGGUCAUGCCCCCGAAAGACUUGAUGGAGCUGCUGGAGAACAUCAAGAUGGGCACAUACCUGCCCCAGUCUUAUCUGCUCCAUGAGGAGAUGGUGGUGACAGAGAGGCUUCACCAUGUGGACCAGCUGGGAUACUACAUCUACAGCCUCUGUCGUGGCAAGCAGACCUUCAAGCUUCAGCGCCGGGAACGCAUCAUCGGCAUGCAGAAGCGCGAGGCCCUCAACUGCUUCAAGAUCCGUCACUUUGAGAGCCAGCAAGUGGUGGAGACCAGCAUCUGUGAGCUGUAGAUGCACCGCGCCGCUUCCGCUGCUCAUAUACUACUAUGAUGUCACUGGAGUGGAAGCGCUUUCCGAUUUUAUUUUAAUCACGCGUUUCUUUCUUCAUCUCUGCUUCGUCUGGUGGUCGGUGUGCAUGAGGUACUCUUAGUGUGAAGUUUAAGUGGAGGAGACAGGAAGUGUGGAAGAGUUGUGCACUGUUCAGUUCUUAUGUCGAGGGAUCCACAGCCUAAGAUCGAUGGGAUUUGUUUAGAUAAUGAAAAUAAUUAAAUAUAUAUUAAGCUGAACUUCCAAAAUAAACUCAGCCAUAGAAAUUAUUUUAGUUUUUUUUUUUUUUAUAAUUGUAAUCAAGAUAUAUUCAUAUGAUAAUGAAUAUAUAUAUAUAAACUUUAUACUGUGGGUAUUUAUUCACACAGAAAUAAAGUUAGAAAUUCAACAGAUGUUAAAAAUUAUGAGAUUUUGUUUUGUACAACUGAAGCGUUUGGACUGGUCACUUUUCUUUUGAUUUGUAAUUUACUGCUGUAGCUAAAAAUAAAUACCUUUUUUAUAUCCUUUAUAUAAAACAUAAUCCAUAACUCAUAGUUUGAUAACUUUAAAUGCAGCGAUGACUUGUCUCUAUCUGCAUUCAUAUCAUGUGUUUCUCUAUAAUACUUGUCUUUAUGAUGUUAUGUAAUCGCUGAUUAUACUUUUCGUUUGUUGAUUAAAUAACUCUGGGUGAUGUAAUAAUGUGUAUAUAUCGUCUAUGACACCAGGAAAAUAAAAACCAGUGGGAAAUCUUA